AGGAAUCAAAAUCGAAUUUUUAUCGAUGUGAAAUAAAUAAUCAAAAGAAGGUGAUAGGAGAUUAUUAUUGGCAUGAAUGCGGGGAGAUUGUGUUACGGACAGAGAAUUUCAGUGGCCAGUGUGAAGAUUCGAGUGCUCUGGACAAGGUGUGGUGGUCAAUUUAACCCACCUCUGUGAACAUUCUAAAAUAUACAUACAUAUAAUAUAUUUUCUGUGGAGUUAAUUUUCCAACCAAUUUGUGCUUUAGUGCGUGACAAGAGUGUGGGUGGGUUUGUGCAUAAAUAUAAUUCAACAUGGAUAGAUCACUAUGCUGUUUGAUUGUUUUUACGGUGAUUGGUUUCGUGCUCUUCCUGCUCGGUGUGAUCCUUGGAUGGGCCGUCUUUCCGCCACUUGUUCGUCAGCAAAUUAUCGAUAAUGUUAUCCUGAAGAAUGGAACAGAACAAUUUGAUAGAUUCAUGGAAUUGCCACAGCCGCUCCUCUUCAAAGUUCACCUCUUCAACAUUACAAAUCCCAAUGAGGUUAUCAACAAUCAAGCUUUACCAAUUGUAGAAGAAGUCGGGCCCUACAUUUAUCGGCAGUAUCGCCGGAAAGAUCAAGCUGGUUUCCUGAAUGAUAAUCAUGAGAUUUGGUACACGCAAGAGUCUGCAUUUUACUACGAUCACCGUCUAUCGGCUCCCCUUUCACAGGAUGAUCCUCUUUUCGUUAUUAACAUACACAUGAAUUCAAUCCUCAUGGAAGUUGAGUCCACCAUGACUGCCAUGCUUGGGCCUGUCAAUCAAGUCCUACCGUAUAUUUUUGGGGAUGAUGCUUCGAUAAUUAUGCGGACAACACCGAGAAGAUUCCUCUUUGAAGGGAUUGAAUUCUGCUGGCCCGGACGUCAUGGAGUGGCUGAUCUUGUGUGUAGUAUUGUCAAGGAACAAAUGCCGGAUGCAAUGAUAGAACUCCCCGAUGGCUCAUUAUCCUUUGCAAUGUUCCGUCAUAAAAAUAUGACAAAUAAUGGAGUCUUCCGUGUCCACACGGGCCUCGAGGAGCCACGAGAUGUGCAACAGAUAAUUACGUGGGAAAAUCAAAUUUCCUUGGAUGUGUGGCCAAAUAAUGAGGACAACACCACAUCUGUGUGCAAUAUGAUCCGUGGGAGCGAUGGAUCAGCUUUUAGACCACUUCAGGAGGCCGGAGAGACCGCUUUCAUUUUCAACACCGACAUUUGCCAAACUGUUCGACUGGAGUACGAUGGUGAGGCGGAAUAUGAAGGGAUUCCUGGAUUUAAGUAUGUUGCAUCGCCGUCAUUUAUUGCGGAAAUUGGGCCAGAGUACAAUAAUAGCUGCUUCUGCAUCAAUCAAAUCCCCGGAGGAAUUGUUCAGGAGAACGGAUGCAUGUAUCCCGGAGCUGUGGAUUUGAGUCCUUGUCAAGGAGGCCCUCUGAUACUGUCCAAGCCACAUCUCCUCGGAGCUGAUCACUAUCGCACAUUUGUCCACGGGUUGUCGCCGGAUCCAGCUAAGCAUGAUAUUGUUGUAAUUGUAGAGCCGAAUACGGGAACCCCACUGCAAGCUGCUAGUCGUGUGCAGUUUAAUCAAUUCCUCCGUCCUGUCCCGGAAAUUACAAUCACCCAGAACUUGGGACAAUCCAUCGUGCCCAUCGUGUGGAUCGAAGAAGGCAUUGCUCUCAAUGAGGAACUUGUUGACUUCAUCAAGACAUCCCUUGUGAAUGUUCUCGUGAUCUUGGAUGCUGUCCAUUGGACUCUCUUUGCCGUGGGAUUGGCACUCUUUGUGGCCAUGCUCACGUGGUUGCUUGUGGUGCUCGUGAAACGUCGACAACGUAGCCAAGUGGGCGACAUUACUGCCACGACAAAGUGAAAAAUAUAUAACGGUGUAGGUUUUAUGCUAAAAACAAAUAAAUUCUUAUUUUUCCACUAUG